AUGGAGAAAUACGAGUUCAUAGAAAAAGUUGGUCAUGGUUCAUAUGGGAGUGUUUGGAAAGCGAUCAAUAAUGUAUCUAGGGAAAUGGUUCCCAUCAAGAUUCUAAAGAAGAAUUAUUCUUCGUGGGAUGAGGGUCUUAACUUGCGUGAGGUAAAAUCCUUGAGAAGAAUGGCCAAUCAUCCCUAUAUUGUUCAGCUCAAGGAACUAGCCCUAGAAAAUAACGUACUCUACUUAGUUUUUGAGUGCAUGGAAUGCAGUCUUCUCCAGGUUAUGAGAGCCCGUGGAGAUCGGACUUUCUCUGAAUCCAAAGUCAGGGACUGGUGUUUCCAAAUCUUUCAAGGUGUUGCCGACAUGCAAGUCAAGAUUGGUGAUCUGGGUCUUGCUCGGGAGAUCAAUUCAAAACCACCUUACACUGACUAUGUCGUGACGUGUUGCUAUCGCGCGCCGGAGCUGCUGCUCCGUUCAAGCUUGUAUGGUUCGAAGGUUGAUAUGUGGUCAUUAGGUGUUGUUAUGGCUGAGUUAUUCACUUUUACUCCUCUUUUUUGUGGUAAAAGUGAAGCUGAUCAUAUGUACAAGAUUUGCAAGAUAAUUGGUAGUCCAACAAAGAUGUCUUAUCCUUAUGGACUUGAUCUUGCAAGGAAUAUCCACUAUCAAUUUCCAGAAUCUGGCGGUAUGCACCUGUCUCUACUCAUGCCAACAGCAAGUAAAGAUGCACUUAGUCUUUUCAAAUCACUUUGUUCUUGGGAUCCAUGCAAGAGGCCUACUGCUGAAGAAGCACUUCAACAUCCAUUCUUCCAUAGUUGCUACUCUAUUCCACCAGCUAUUCCUUAUGAAGCACCUGGAAUCAUUAGAAAGACUCCAGUCAGUUCCAUCCGCCAGGAGAAAGAGCUCCUUAAAGCUUUAGCAAGCUAUUAUCUACAAGGCAUAGAGAUCGACUUGAAUUAUGUGCCUGCUAAUAUCUAA